AUGGCCCCCAAACGCAAGCCAGGGCCCUCUGCUGGUGCGCAACACAAGAAACAACGAUUGGUUCCAACACGGCAAGAAAAAGUAGCGGUGCUGGACUGCUUGAGAGAUGGCAUGUCGGUCUCUAGUGUGGCACGCAGAUAUGGCUACAGUGAAUCGAGCGUCCAUGCCAUCAAGGUUCGAGAGAGAGAAAUCCAUGACAUUGUGGCAGCAAGUGCUCCAAUAACUGCUCAGGUGACAAGCCAGGUGCACGACAAGGCUUUAGCAAAGACUGAGAAGGCAUUAAACCUGUGGCUUGAAGACAUGAGCCGCAAACGCGUGCCUACUGAUGGCGUGAUGUUACGGCAAAAGGCUCUCAGCCUCUAUGCACUCUUCAAACCUUCUGCCAAGGAUGGGCAGCCUGUGAAGGAAUUCAAAGCCAGCCACGGUUGGCUUACUAGUUUUAGGAAGCGCUUCAAACUGGAAAAUGUGCAUGCAACUGGUGAAGUGUCGGCAUCUGCAGACAAAGAGGCAGCAAAAGCCUACCCCAAGCAAUUAAAAGAACUGUUAGACGAAAAGGGAUACCUUCCUGAGCAAGUUUUUAAUGCUGUUGAGACGGGGCUGUUCUGGAAAAAAAUGCCUGAUCGGACGUACAUCUCCAAAUCAGAAAAACAAGCCCCUGGCUUCAAAGCAGCUAACGACCGCGUGACUGUGUUGCUCUGUGGCAGUGCCGCUGGGCACUUAAUAAAGCCAGGCUUGCUGUACAGGUCUGCAGUCCCCCGUGCCCUGAAAGGCAAGAACAAAAAUCUCCUGCCUGUGUUUUGGCAACCCAAUAAAAAGGCUUGGGUGACUGCAGCAACCUUUCUAGAUUGGUUCCACAGUUGCUUUGUUCCGGAAGUUAAGCGGUACCUUGAAGAGAAACAACUGGACUUUAAGGUGUUGCUGAUUGUGGACAAUGCUCCUGGUCAUCCCGAAGCACUCUGCUUUGCACAUAAUGAUGUUGAAGUUGUCUUUCUCCCGCCCAACACAGCCUCCAUCAUCCAACCUCUCGACCAAGGUGUGAUUCGGUGCUUCAAGGCAACUUACACAAAGCUAACCUUCUCAUGGAUACGUAACGCUAUGGAUACUGAUCCCAACCUUGAUGCCAUUGAGUGCUGGAAGUCCUUUAACAUGGCCAGUUGCAUCACUUACAUUAAGCAAGCAGUCGAUGCAAUCAAGCCCGAAUCGGUGAAUGCAUGCUGGCGCAAGUUGUGGAAAGAAUGUGUGGGUGAUUUUAAGGGUUUCCCAACCAUUGACAAUGAAGUGGAACAUAUUGUCCAGAUGGCCAGACAAGUGGGUGGUGAUGGCUUUGUUGACCUCACUGAGGAAGAAGUUGAAGAGUUAAUUGAUGGCCAUGGAGGAACAUUGACUAAUGAAGAGCUGGAGGAACUGCUAAGAUCAAGUACAGAAGAUGAAGAGGAGGAGGAUGAACAGGAUGAGCCAGCAAGUUGGAAUCUGCAUAAGUUUGCUCAAGUCUUCCAAACAGCAAAACACCUGAAUGAUUUGAUCGCUGAGUUUGACCCCUCUAUGGAACGAAGCCUCAAAAUCACACAGGGUAUCACAGACAGUUUGAGACUGUAUCGAGAAAUGUUUGAACAGCUCAAGAGACAACAGCGACAGUUGCCAAGCACCACAAAAAAUGCAGUGGUAGCAAGUGAGCCCACACAAUCAACUUCUGAAGCUGAAACAGAGCCAACCACUUUGCCUGUAACUUGCAAUCUGUUGCUCAGGCCUGGUCCCUCAUCUCCUGGAGCAACCUCAAGCCCUGAAGAGGAUGAGGAAGACUAA